UUCGGGGCAACGAACAGAGGAGCUCCUAGCUGGUGACGAGCAGAGCCGGAAAAAGGCCACCGAACGGAGAGCCGGCGUCACGCGUGCCACCUGAGAGGCGGCAGGCCGGCGCCCCGCCGGGUCCAUAAAUAAAAAGGGGCAGAGGCCGACCUGCGUGCCCCGGAGCCGAGCGAGAAACCGCCAUUUCCCUCCCACCGUUUCUUCCCCUCGCCCUCGGGUUCGGGUCCCUCUGUUCCUUCCCGGACACCUCAAUUCUCCCCCAGCCCAGCGGCGGCGACAGACCCAGACGCGCAAAACCCUAGCCCCCAACCCACCACACCUGCUCGCUCGGCCGUCGGAGCGGAGGCGGAGCGGAGCGGAGCAGGGCGUCCGCCGAUUCCUCGGCCUCCAUCGCCGCUCGUCCCGUGAGGUAGCAGCGGAGCUCGUCUGCGACGCUGCUCCCUCCAUGGACGGGUCCAAGGGCGCAGGCGAGAGGGAGGCGGAGGAGGAGGAGGCGGGGGACGGGUCCCAGGUGGCGCACGGGGAGAAGAGGAAGAAUAAGAGGCCAAGCGGGCAGGACGGCGGUGGCGGCGCCAGUGGCUCUGCUGCUGCUGCCAUUCCCGGGGCCGCGUCGUCGGCGAGGACGGCCACCAGCGGCGACAGGCCGCUCGGGGUGGCCCCCGCGGGGGCCAAGGCCAGGGUGGCCUACCACGAUCCCAGCAUCCCGCGGCCGCAGGACGUGUACUUGAUCAGAGUGAACAACUGCAACCUGCCCUUCGAUCAUGUCUGGCUGGAGCCAAGCGAAGAUGGCACCCGGCGUAUCCACCCAUUGGAAAAAUUGCCUCUGGAACAGCUUAUUGACAGAAAUGUUCCUGAAAUUGAACCAGUAAGACCAGCUGAUGUAGAGGAUUCCCCGUUUACGCUAGUAGAAGACCUGAAAGGCUUAAUGGAAUUAGUUGACAAGUUGAAGGAUGUAAAUGAAUUUGCUGUUGAUUUGGAGCACAAUCAAUAUAGGUCAUUUCAGGGUUUGACCUGCUUGAUGCAGAUUUCAACAAGAACAGAGGACUUUAUUGUUGACACCCUUAAGCUUCGCAUAUACCUUGGUCCCUACUUGCAAAAACAUUUUAAAGAUCCAACCAAGAGAAAGGUAAUGCAUGGGGCAGAUCGUGAUAUCAUCUGGCUCCAACGGGACUUCAGGAUAUAUGUGUGUAAUCUUUUUGACACAGGACAGGCUUCGAGGGUCCUGCAGAUGGAGCGAAACAGCCUAGAACACCUAUUGCAUCACUUUUGUGGAGUCACAGCGAAUAAAGUAUAUCAAAAUGCAGAUUGGAGGUCAAGGCCACUUUCUGAUGAAAUGAUCAAAUAUGCUAGAGAAGAUACACACUAUCUGUUGUAUAUAUAUGACUUGAUGAGACUUAGACUACAAAAGGAAUCGACUUGUGAAAACGAUCUUCUUCUAGAGGUUCAAAAUCGCAGUAAUGAAAUUUGCUUACAGUUGUAUGAGAAGGAGCUGCUGACAGAUACAUCAUAUCUCCAUAUAUACGGGUUGCAGGAACAUGAAUUGGAAGCAGCUCAGCUGGCUGUUGUUUCUGCUCUACAUCAGUGGAGAGAUUAUACAGCUCGUCAAGAAGACGAGAGCACUGGUUAUGUAUUACCAAAUAAGGCUUUGAUUGAGAUAGCAAAGAAGAUGCCUACAUCUACUGCAGAGUUACAAAGAAUUGUGAAAUCGAAAUAUCCAUUUGUUGAGGCUAAUUUUGACGUAAUCCUGGACAUUGUGUGGAAUGCAACUGAAAAUUCUGAAGCCUUUGAAGCAAUAGCUGAGCAACUAAAGAAGGCACGGCUGGGUGAGUUAGACUUGAAAAGUAUACUGGCCAGUGGUGAAGUUAUCGAAAUGGUUCCUUCUGAUGCUGAUAAUGUGGGCAUGAAUCCUGAUCCUGCUGACCAAUAUUCUGCAGCUCCAUCAACUUCAAAUAUCAGUCUUACUUCUAACAGGGAUAGCUUUAUGAGUGAGACAGCCUCAAAUAGUGCUAUCCGGCUAUAUGACAACACUCAAACAAUAUCAUCAUCUGACAAUAAGACCUCUUGGACCUUAGCAGGCUUGAGUAGACCAAUAAAUAAGGAAGUGGACACACAGCCUACUGUUCAAGAACUGAAGAGUCCUGCAUCUUUUGGAGAUCAGGUAGGAAAUUCAGCAUCUGUAAUACAGACAGAUUACUUUGGAGGAUUUUCAAAUGAGCAGGCAUCAGGUUUUUACUACCCCCAGAUUCCAGAAUAUAGCAGUGUAAUUGGAUGGAGCCAUCCUGAACCUGAAGUCUUAGAGGCCCCUGGGUACCUGUCUGGUUGUUAUUACGGCUUUCCAUCGAUAAACCAAAGUACAGGAACAGGUCAUCCUUCUGCUUCAAAUAGGGAAGGUGAUUCACAGGACCCAACAAGACAGCAUCAUUUCCCUCCUGCGGGUAACUGAAGUGAUCGACAACCCCUCUGAUUCAUCCUGCUGUGCAGAAGAUAAUUGUAGAGAGUGAAAAAACAAUGGGAUGUUUUUACCUGUGGCCUCUCAAACGAGAAGCUAGGCCUCCCCGAAAUUCUGGCGUUGGACUAACAGAAAUGUGAGAAUAGCCCAUAGCAUUCGAGUCAUUGACAGUAGAAGCAGGGACAUGUAAGCUUGCAUCUGGAUUGGAUCUGUAUGUAGCAACUGACAGACAUGUUUGGUGUUGUUGUGCAAUGGUGGAUACUGAAAUUGCACAGGCGGUAUACUGUAAAACUGGUAUAGAUAGCUGAGAUUUGAAGAGAAACAAACAACAUUUGCUCGUCUCC